CCACUUUAGGAUUAGACUAAGCUUUUCAGGGAAGUAGGUCUGGCCGCCCUGGGGCAAAGGACCCCAUAAGGCGGGGCAAUUUCGUGAGCUGCGCUUUUCAGCUUCUAUCGGCGCUUUUGGCAUUUUUGGCAUUUUAGCAUUUUCACAUCUGAUCGUACUUUUAUUAUAUUAUUACUAUUAAUAUUUUACCUUUGUACGUUCUAGGUAAUUUCUAGACUCUUUCCCGCCUUGCCGGUAUUGUCCGAUUCCGAUUCCAUUAACCCAAUUCGUUGCCUUUCCGCUACCUCUUUACAUUGGCCUUAGGUACCUUGGAGUACCUUGGACAAACCAAUUCCUCGAACUAGCAGAAGUCAAAUCAUGACGGCGAAGACGCUUCGCCUACGACAUCCGACUUGAGAAUGGGGUAAAACAUGCUUGGUGGGCUGCGCCGAGUUUGUUCAAAGGCAUUAUAGCAGCAUCGUCACCAAGCAGCAGCAGACAGACUAUAUACGAAAGGCAUAAUCAUGAUGGACCCCGCCUCCGUAUCUUUUCCACAACCGCCGCCGCCGCCGCCGCCGCCGCCGCCACCACCACCACAGCAGCAUCAGCAGCAGCACCAACAGCAAACGUCUCAACCACCUCCUCCAGGAACCGAGGCUCCGCUGUCGCACGAACUUCGUCGUCAUCAUAAUCAUCACCCUCAACAGUCGCAUCACUUCCGUGUCUCAACCUUCUCGUCGCAUACGAGCAUCGAUCUAUCCGCUCUCGAUCCUACCGAUACUGUUUUCCAACAACACCUCCAACGCCUACAAGCCGUACCUGCUAUACCCGCUAUACCCGUCAUCCCGAGCGACUAUACUUCGCACGUCCAAGAUAGUUUCGAUAGCGAGCCAAAUGCGGUUCACAUGCUCCAGCGCUCCCAUAAAGAAACAACCUCCGACAUCCGCCGAACUCCACAUCAACACCAUGCCUCUCUCCCUCCAUCGUCGCACUCGGCACCGCCUGCCUCGGGUCAAUUCGGCAUCCUAACACACAAUGGCAUGUCUCCAAAUGCUAUUCUCCAGCUUCAACAAGACGAGGAUAUCUUUAUCCAAGCGGCGCAAGUCAAUUCCUCAGCUGCUGAAGCCUCUGAACCGAGACCCCAUGGCCAAUUGGUCAAUAGGAUAGUCGUCGACCCACCCGAUCUUCAAGCUUGGCGCGAGAAGCUAUUCAAUGUCGACGAUACAAUUAUCUUGACCAAUGACCAAUUCGAGACGUAUUUCCCCCAUAUCGAUAAUGUUUACUCGCAUCGUUCCACGCAAAAGUACAAGCGCAAACCUUUUAUAUCGCAUUACUGGGAUUGUCGAAUGAAGGGACGGCCACCGGGGACGCCCAAAUCGGAUGACCCUUCCAAGAAGAAGCGCAAGCGGAGUGCGCGCGAGAGAGAUCUAUGCGAUGUCAAAAUCAAGAUUACCGAAUACUUUCCGGGAGCGACGAUGUUACCCGGUGACGGGGACUCGAACCUCAAUUUAGCUCCGCCGAGUGUUUACCAAUCUCCACAACAGCCCAUGUUUAACGACGGCCUACCACCACGGCCCAUAGAUGCUCAUCUCAACGGAGAGAAAUUCUGGACAAUACAAAGAGUCAAUGGAAAUGGCGGGAACGGUAAGGGCGACGGCGUCGCUGGUCCUCACAAGCAUAGCCUAGAGAAGAGCGAUGAGAUCAAGAAGUCAACCGUACAGAGGUAUGUUGCCGCGCAAGAGAAAGAAGCAAAGAAGAUUCAGAAGCCUCUACCUAGGAGGAUGUCAGGAGCCGCACUUGCAACCGCGAAAAAGCACUCGAAGGAGCACGAAUUAAAACUCUAUGCUGCUUGCUUUUGCCCCUUUUCACAGAGAGUGUGGAUUGCUCUGGAAGCGAAGGGUAUGCAAUAUCAAUAUUGCGAGACAGACCCAUUUAAGCGCCCUACCCAAUUGCUAGAAGCAAACCCGCGAGGCCUAGUUCCAGCUAUUCGUGAAGGCGACUGGGCCAGCGGUGAGAGUGCCGUCAUAUUGGAAUACCUUGAGGACCAUAACCAAACGGUGCCCCUUUCUCCCACGGACCCUAGGUUAAAGGCAAACUGUAGACUAUGGAUCGACCAUAUCAACGCAAGGAUAGUUCCGGCUUUCUUCGCUCUCGCGAAGGCUACCGAUUUCACAAAGCAAUCAGAAUACGCAGAGAGGCUCCGGAGUGAGAUAACAGCCCUUGUUCAAGCUGCUAAUGAUAGGGGGCCAUACUUCCUGGGAGAAGACUUAUGCCUUGUAGACAUCCAUUUUGCUCCCUUCGUCCUUCGGAUGUCCCGCAUACUCCGAGAGCUCCGUAACUGGGGCGAUCCCGUGCCGGGAACGCGUUGGCAACAGUGGACUGAGGCCCUCGAGCAGAAUCCACAUGUCCAGGCUACAACUAGCCAGAAGGAGCUCUAUAUCGAGACCUUGGACCUGUUUCUUAAUAGCCGUCAACCCUAUAGAGAGCAAUUCGGAUCGUAAUAUAAUAAUGGGAUAUAUCAUCAUCGUCGUCGUCGCUACAUACGCUUCUGCAUACAUAUUGGGUACUUAUAUACGCGCAUAAAUACGAGGGGUUGUUACCGGAUUCGAGGAGUAUAUACGGUAUAUACCAUAUCAUGCCUACCAUGCGCAACAGGACCGGACAACCCGCUCAGGCUUGUUCUUCUUCUUCUUUUUACAUUUUUUAUCUCCCAAUUUUUUUCCUACCUUCCCCUUUGCAGGACGGAGCUGAUCCCGAGCACUUCAAAAAGGGGUAACAUAGGAUCGGAGUUCGAGUGAGUGGUCUAGAUCAUCCCCGUUUUGGGGAGCCAGACUUUGUUAGGUUAGGUACCUACAUAGUAGGUCGUACAUAUUGCAUGGUCAUGGUCAUAUUCAGCGCAUACAUACAUUAAGCCAGGGGUGGGUGGGCAGGUGGACCUGGAAAAGUGUGCAUAGAAGUUUUGUUUACUGCUAGUUGUCGUACAUUCUUUAUAGGAGCAAUACAUAUAUAUAUAUAU